AUGAAGAACCAUUUAAUUCAUAUUCUUCUUCUUUUUUUUUGUUUGAGUAAUGGAGAAGAACUUCCUAAAUGUGAAAUAUAUACAUUAUGCACAUCUUGUACUGAAGUUCAAGGAGAUGAAUUUAGACCAGUUGCACGAGGAUGUGUAUGGUGUGAACAAUCAUUUAAGUCAUAUUGUUCAUAUCCUGCUUCAAGUAAUUGUACAAUAGCAAAUAGAAAAACGUUUGGGAAGUGUGGAUUUAGUUGGGUUCCAGUGGUGAUUAUUAUAUUAGUAUUUGGAUUUUUAUUUUUUGUAUAUGGUGUAUUUAUUAUGAUAAUCAAGCAAUGUGAAUAUAAUACUUACCAAAAAGUAUUAGCCAAAAAUGAGAAAGAAAUGGCGUUUGAACUUAUUACUAAUUAA